UAACAUAAUGGGCAGCUUCCCAUCAACACUCCCCCACAACAGACUGCACGAUAAACAAGAAACUCUACCAGACCAUGACGCAGUUCCACAAAGAAGUAUUUGGGGCUACCACGGAUCCAACCGAUACGACAGGGUUGUUGAUAGGGACCAACGUGCUUCACGGAUGGGCUCACGCUUCUUUGCAGGUGGUCGUGGCCGUGGCCGUGACACCCGUCCACCACUACCACAUCAACUACCACGACUACUACAACCACCACCUCGGGAUAUCAGCCCAGAGAGGAUAGCCGUAGAGAGAGAAGAUAGCCGGGAGAGGAGAACCCUGGCCUAUCAAUUGGCAGCCGAGAAUGAAGCCGAAAAACCGAAACGAAUGUCCCUACUACGGGCCAAGAGAGAAAAGAUCGAACGCGAGCAGGACGAUUGCGAGCGUGAAGCGGAGAUAUUGUACGAGCUGGCACGAAAAAGCGCUGAGCAGAGCAAGCGUGGGAAGAAUGGACGGCAGGGCCGCAGUAGAGGCAGCAGAAGCGGCGUUGUCCUCACUCUUCGCCGAACCUGGUCGAACGAGAUCAACGGCGUCGACAUGUCGAAUACACAGCUCGUUGUACUGCAGGAUGCCAUUCUUCCUGCUACAACUAGUCAGACUCGAGAAUGCACUGUGUGCACUUCAAAGCUUCCGCUCAUCAGUUUCCCGGCCGACGCCGUGACCAGCGACUGCACACACACACCAACAACUUGCUGGUGCUGCAUUCGCAAAUGGCUCAGAAGUAGUCUCCAGACAAAAGGCUGGAACCAGCUCACCUGCCCCGAAUGCAGCGCACAAUUGCAGCAUGCAGACGUAAAGCGCUGUGCCGACAAAGAGACAUUUGAGAGCUACGACCAAUUGGCCACAAAAGCAACAUUGGACCGUACCCGGGGAUUCCGGUGGUGUUUAGUCAGACGUUCGGGAAAGGGGAAACAGUUGGCGGGAGGUUGCGGGAGUGGGCAGAUCCACGGCACGGUGGCCAAGAUGAAAUGCGUUGGGUGUGGCACGGUACAAUGUGCUUACCACGGAGUGUUGUGGCAUGAGGGAGAUACAUGUAAGGAGUAA